AUGGUGUCCGGUAAGAUGUUUUUGUGGGGAUUCGUCGCCGUCCUCUGUUUCUUCUCGGCCCUGCUCUCGGGGGUGGCCGCGAGGAUGGGUCCUCCGAUUCUGGAUGGAGAUAUUUGGAGAUCCCCGGAGCACAUUUUCGACACGUCCAACUACGGGAGGCUUCAGCUCAACAACGGCCUCGGUCGCACUCCUCAGAUGGGGUAUAAUUAGCCUCCUCCUCCCUACCAACCUGAUUUGAUACUCUCCUCGGCAAUUGUUAGCGCGAAGUUUUACGGUGUCCACGUGUCUGCAGCUUGCGGGAUUUCUGAUGACCUCGCCUGCCGUACGUUUUAUAAAAAAAUUGUAUUACCUUGUUUAUUAAUUGGUGCAUUUGUGGAUAUUUCACGUUCAUAGGAGACAGUCAUUCCUUUAAUUUUUUUUUUAAUUGUUUCCUUGUUCUGUAUGACAUAAUUUUAUUGAUUUUAAAUAUUCAUUGUUCUUUCCCUUAUUUUCUGGUGCAGAUGGAAUAGCUGGAACUUCUUUGCAUGCAAUAUCAGUGAAACGGUCAUUAAAGAUACAGGUAUGCUUCAUUGUCACAUUACCCCAACUCACUGGUCAUACUUGCCUCAUUCCAUAGAGCCAAGUUAGCGCGUUAGUUUAGUAGAAGCCUCGAUCCCCUUUGCUUGGGAUCAUGUUCCACCGUCAAUGUUAUCCAGUGCUAUUUUGUCCCCAAUGGUUCCGGACAGGACGGGCCUUCAAAUGCAUUAAUCACAUCCAGAUGGGAUUAAUCCCAAUUUUACCUGCGAAUUUUUCUCGCACAUUCAGAUAAUCUCAGGUAUUUGUGCAGUCUUCAACGACAUACCCAUAAAACGUCUUCUGUUGUGGACUUUAUUUGAUGUUAUCCGAUGUUUAUAUAUAUAUUUUUCUGAUGGUGGUUAUACUCUCUCUAUUGCAGCCGACCCGCCCAUCUCAGCUGAUGGGUAAUCCUUUGUGUUUCUGUUUGGUAAUAUGGUUGCCUUCCUGUAUUACAGCUGAUUCACUCAUCUCUACAGGACUUGCUGCCUUGGGUUACGUCUAUGUAAAUAUAGGUGACUUGAAGAAGCCUUCAUUUGUCUUAUUUGCACAUUGUUCUUUUGUUUCUCAUAUUUCCAUUUUUAUUGCAGACGAUUGUUGGUCAGCUCCUUCGCGAGAUAUGAAGGUAUGUUGAAACUCUUUUUCUUUUUUAGGACGUUGAUAGAAUAUUUCAUCUGGCGUCAUUUUUAUCAUUAUAAACCUUUCGAGGAAAUCUCCCAUACUGGACGAUGUUGAAAUAUUCUAGAUGAUGUUUCCAUAUUUAAGGAGAUUUUCCUUUUGGUCUAAAUGCAAGAACGGGAGUGUUACUGUGGAAAGAUGAUACGAAAAGGCUUCAACAAUUUCUUCAGCAGUCGUUCUCAUUGCUAAUUGAAUAAAUUUUUUUAGAUAAGUGCAAGUUUCAGUCAUAAUUUACUAGAAAAUACUAUUAAGGGUUAGGGAGUUUUUUUUCCCUUUUGAGGGGUUAGGGAAAAUGUGGAGAUUGAGGGAGCCAUUUGUUGAUGCUAAUGCAGUUGUGAUUCUUUUUCUGUCAUUAGUAUGAAAUAGGAGUACUAACCUCAAGUUUUGAAUAUUGUAUCUGCCUUUGUAGGGUAAUUUGGUGGCUGACCCAAGGACGUUUCCUUCCGGAAUCAAAGCACUUGCAGACUACAUACAUGAAAAGGGCCUGAAGCUUGGUAUUUACUCUGAUGCUGGGUACGAAAUUUGAAGCCAUCAUGACUGAGAACUUUGAAUCACAAUCUGAAAAAAUUGCAUGCGGAUCUAGAUAUAAUUUGCGAUAGAAUUGCCUUCUGCCUUUUAAAUUCUUUCUGAGUCAAGUGCAACUGACAGGGCCUUUACAUGCCAAGUGCGCCCUGGAUCCCUCUUCCAUGAGCAGAAUGAUGCAGAGCUUUUUGCAUCUUGGGUAUGUCUACACACAGUAAAUCAGAGAUGUAGGAUCUGAAAGUGUACAAUCCUCUCUAGAAACGUUUGUGUAGUUUCCGGAUUUGGAUUGAAACAAGUGUUUGAUAUUAAUUAAUGCAAAACUAUGAUCACCUUCUCUGCAUUUUUUCCGCAGUGUUAACCAUUUUUUUUUCUGUGUAACUAUAUAUAUUCAGGGUGUUGACUAUAUAAAAUAUGAUAACUGCUUCAAUUUGGGGAUCAAACCGGAAGAAAGGUGUGACCUCAUUUUAUGUUCUCUCUCUCUCGAAUCUUGUUCUGUUCAUCGUCCUCCUGAAUCGAGUUUUUUCAUUUCAGAUAUCCCCCAAUGCGUGAUGCACUGAAUGCAACUGGAAGAGCCAUUUUCUACUCACUCUGUGAAUGGUAACCUGUGAAUCUAUUGGAAAGGUAUAUAUCAAUGAAGCAAAUCUCAUACUGGUAAAUCCGUUUGAUAGGGGUGUUGAUGAACCAGCGUUAUGGGCCGGAAAGGUUGGAAAUAGUUGGCGUACAACAGAUGACAUUAAUGAUUCCUGGGUGAGGUCGGAAGUUUUUCUGUUUGCCUUCCUCUGAUUCAAUAUUCUUUACCCCAAUCUGAAUUAUGUAUAACCUUUUUGUCUCCUUUAGCAUGACGACUAUUGCUGACCUCAAUGACAAGUGGGCAUCAUAUGCUGGGCCGGGAGGAUGGAAUGGUGAUAAAUUUGACCAACGACGUGCAUUCAAUUAUAACUAUUGGAUUUUAUGCCUAUCAUGUGGAGAAAAUUCAGCACUACACUCACAGUGCACCGUUCUAUCUUCUUAAUAGACCCUGAUAUGUUAGAAGUUGGCAAUGGAGGUAUGACUCACCAGGAGUAUCGUGCGCAUUUCAGCAUCUGGGCUUUGAUGAAGGUGAUGCUAGAAUGUUUGUCUUGAAUACCCGAUGCGUGAAUCAUCUAUUAAUGUAUGGGUUUUUCUAGCCAUUUUAAUAUUUAAAGUGUCAUUGGUAUACCAUAAUUAACAGAACUAUCCAUAAUCAGCCAAAGUGCCUGAAAAAACUAUCUUGAUGAUGCAAAUUUUAUUUCAUAUUCUCUGUUGUCUAUACCCCGGAGAAGGGUAUCUGAAGGUAGAGUUGUAAUUACAUAUUAAAAAGUGGAAAAAUCCCAAAUAUCUAAUUGACUACUAAGCGUCCACUUUUUGCAUUCUUUCUUCCCCCGAUCUUGAAUUUUUGAGUAGCAAUAUCUGAGGAGACGUCAUAACUGUGCUACAUCAUCUUAUUUAUCUGAACCAAUCCUCUUCAUCAUCUUUCGUCUGCUAUUUUUAGGCUCCGCUUUUGAUUGGUUGUGAUGUACGAAACAUGACAACUGAGACGCUGGAGAUCUUAAGCAACGAGGAGGUUAUUGCUGUGAAUCAAGGUAGUAUUCUUCUGUUUCCACAGCAUAUCUGCUUUUUUUUUUUUUCUUUUUUCUGUCAUGGAUGUACUUCGAAAGCUUUGGUAGAAAACACCAUUUUGUGUCAAGACUUUGGAUUGUAGAAUCAGUUUUAUGAGCACAUUUAUAGAAUGUCCUCUGAAUUCAGAGAUGUUUCACUCCGAAAUAAGCAACUAGGAUCUAUACAUGCGCAUAUUCAUUGUCAUAAACACAGCUUAUAUGAAGUUAACAGCGGGAACUAUUUCUCAUCAUUCAAAGGAUUGAAUGCUGACCUGCAAACUUUAUUGGGGCGUGGUUUAUUGGUUCAGCCGUUCUGGUCAACUGGGUCUGUGUGGGAUAGCCUCGGGAGAGUCUAGGCAUAGGUGCAUUUUUAUUUUUUUUAUUUUACAAAUUCUGGUAUCAUCAAAUUUCCUUUUAAAAAAUAAAUAAUAAAAUGAGCCAUCAUAUGCUUGACUAGCAGAAAUAGUAAUAAUUCAUUACAUCGGACACACACCUCACAGUCAAUAUACUUAAAGUAUUGAAGAGAUCAUGCAACAGGAGAAGGUACCAUUCCUGGAAAUUUUAUUAUCCUUUGCUGGAGAAGUUCAUCUUGGCUUACUCAAGAAAGCGACCAAAACCCUUUGACGUACCUACUCAAGGAAGGAUGAUAUGAGCCCCUUGGAAAAUUCCUCAAGGGAAAAACACGUUACUAUGCAUGACCUGUGAUCUAGACUUCUUUGGGAUUUAUUUUACCGGCUGUUGCGGCCUUGGUUCUUUGGAAGUAUUAAAGUCAAAUUGUUUGACCCGCCUCUUCUUGCAUCUGUCUUUCAGAUCCUCUUGGCAUCCAAGGAAGGAAAGUUUCUGUCUCGGGAGAAAAUGGAUGCGAGCAGGUUCUUACUUCUGCGUCUAUCUUGUAAUUUCUGUAUAGCAUAUAUUUUUUUAACCGGAAUCUAGGGCAUGCACAUUGCUAGUCAACCAUGGUUUGCAAAUCUCUAGUACUGAUUAUAAAUAUCUGACUUAGCUUGUUUGCAUCACACGUAGAAAGUCAACUUCUUAAGAAAUCUUUAGAUGACGGGUCUCCCCCAAACUCACACAAUCAAAUCCUUACAUGUGGGAAACUCUUUCUUCUUUUGUUGAUUAUUCAAGGGCAAGUUGGUUUCCUCAUUCGAGCUUCUAACUGAACCAAUUAUGUUUUCCAUGAUUCUGGAAAGAAAGAGGGUCAACUCUUUCACAGAUCUGUUCCCUGGAGAGAACCCAGUUUUUUUUUUAGUACAUUUCUUCUCGACAGCUUCUAUCUCCGAGUGUAUCGCCGCACCUUCUUUUCCAUCAGUCGAUGGUCAACGGGCGUUGACUUAAUGCAAUACCAGGUGUGGGCGGGCCCUCUGUCCGGAGGCAGGCUGGCGGUCGCUCUGUGGAACAGGUGUUCCUCUGUCGUCUCCAUUACGGCCAGGUGGGAAACGCUUGGUCUCCACACGUCCACAAGCUCUUCGGUGAGAGAUCUGUGGAAGGUGAGGAGGCCCUCUGCGGUCCAAUCCGAUGCAGUCUCUUAAGAACAUGGGCACGAGGAGUUGAUCGUAUUAUGCCACGAAAAUGUCUUCUAACCCAUUUCACCUGGCAGCACGAAGUCAUUGAGGAGAACGCGGUCGAGAGCUUUGAAGCUCGAGUUGACGCCCACGACUGCCGCGUGUUCGUCCUGGCGCCCGAGGUCUCAUAUUCUGUGGCCUGA